AUGUCAGAAGAUAAUAAUAUUCGAGUGGUUGUCGCUAUCGACUUUGGAACAAACUUUUCAGGAUAUGCGUAUGCUCACAAAUCUCUUCCUGAAGAAAUUAUAUUUCGAAAUGAUUGGGAAAAAUUUGGAGGUCGUUUUAAAACUCCAACUGUCAUAGAGUAUAAAGAUGAUUCUUAUACUACUAUAAAGUCAUGGGGAUAUCUUGCAUUAAUUGAAAAACCAAAAAAGAAAAAAAAGUCAUCUUCCUCAGAAUCUGACGGUAGCUCUGAUACCAAGAGGACAUUUAAACCUAUUGAAUUGUUUAAAUUACACUCGUUAGAAUCCUUGAAAGAAAAGGAAAAACCUUUUUUGCCGGAUGGAUUAGAUUUUAAAAAUAUUGUUAAAGAUUUUAUGAAAGAAUUGGGUGAUGAUAUUAAAGAGAAUUUAAUUCGUCAUUGGCAAAAUUUGGAUUUUCAUAAUAACGUAUUAAUCGUACUCACGGUUCCUGCGGAAUUUGAUGAUAAAACAAUAGAAAUAUUUCGUGAAUGUGCUUUUAAUGCAGGCUUUUUGAAGGAUAAUCUCAGAAUUACGACAGAACCCGAAGCAGCAGCGAUCUAUUAUUUGGAUUCAAUAUCAAAAGAAGAGCAUGAAUUAACUCCAGCUUCGUUUAUGGUUGUCGACUGCGGAGAUAACACAGUAGACUUAAUGACAUUUGAACUAUUAGAAGAUGAGAAAUUGAGCGCACUAGAAGAACAUGUGGGGGAUUAUUGCGGUUCAUGUUGCGUGGAUCAAGCAUUUCUUAAAUUCGUUGGCGAAAUAGUAGGAACAUCUGCAAUUGAAUCGAUGAAAAUCAAUCAUCAUGGUCAAUUGCAAUAUUUUGUACAAGAAUUUUGUAGAGAUGUUAAAAUUCCGUUUACAGGAAAAAAAGAAGAUUUAGAUUUACAGCAGCCUUUUGUAUUUGAUUUAGAAGAAAUAUUACCAGCAAUACAACAAUAUGUCAAAGAAGAGGAAAGAAGUAAAUUGGAAGAAUCAGAAUGGCUAAUUGAAAUUAACUUUGAGGAUAUUAAAGGGAUGUUUGAUCCAGUUAUAGAAAAGAUUAUACAUUUAAUUAGGAGUCAAUUAGACAAAAGUGAAAAAGAAUGUCCGGCCAUAUUUUUAGUAGGGGGAUUUAGUGAGUCUAAAUAUUUACAAGAUAGAAUUAGAGAAGAAUUUGAUGAGAUUGUUCCAAAUAUUUCAGUUCCACUUCACCCUAUUACUUCAGUUGUAAAAGGAGGUAAAACAGUUUUUCAUUAUGAUCGAUUUAAUUAA